ACACAAUAAAAUUCAACAUGGCUGUCUACCACGGAUGGGUUUCUUCGCGGCUAUUUUUUCUCAAUUUCUGUUUAAUCUAGACGUUAUCGUUUAUGGAAAUACAUUGUCUUAUUAUAAAUAAUGUAAGUCAAUGUGUUUAAUAUAGUUUUCUGCGUAUUCUGAAGAUGCCAGUUAAUUCGCUGUCGGAAACAAAACAGGGAGUUCAAAAAGCUAAAUUUUCACUAUCACUUAACAGAAAUAAUGCAAAAGAAUUAAACAACGAAAAUAAGAAAGCUACUAAUUUAAAACAAACCUCUUCCCAAGAGUGUUUCGAAAAUAAAGAAAAUAAACCUUCGAAGAGGCCAUUAAAUAACACUUACUUUAAUACAUUGAAUGCAGCCAAGAGAUUAAAACCUCUGAUAGAAGCAGUGAAACAUACAGAAGUGUCAACCAAGUCCCAGCUGAUUGUGCUUGAGCCGUCUCUAAGUAACUCUGCCAUGUUGAAUGGCCACCACCCAUCAGAUAACCAAUAUGGAGGGAGUACACAAUGGAAGACCCCCAUUGCCACUCUCUCCAAUCUUGGAAACACUUGUUUUUUAAAUAGUGUGCUCUAUACUUUAAGAUAUGCCCCACAAUUCGUCCACAACCUUCAUCACCUGGUAUCUGAUCUUAGUAGAGUUGAGCAAAAACUAGGUAGUAUCAGAUUAAAAAGCUCCUCCCUGGGUCGAAGUGCAGCAGGUCUUGCUUCAUCUGGAACAAGAUCUUGGAGCAGCAAGGAUUUACUUUCUUUGGGACAGUCUGAUAGUAACGCUGGAAAGAGUAAAAUACAGAUAGCAACAGAGAAACUUCAUGAAACUUACUUAAGCUUGCGAGCAGCUGAAAGUAAAUGUCUGAACAGCAGUGCAGCAGAUGCAAGCCCUGAACCUUAUGCUGCGGAUGCCUUUCUUGCAGCACUGAGAGAAGUAAACUCAACUUUUGAAGGUAACCGACAACAAGAUGCGCAUGAGCUACUGGUGUGUAUUCUGGACAGCAUCCGCGAAACGUGUCGCGCGCUUAGUCAACGAGCUUCACGACUACCCUUACAGGAGAAUGGAGAUAGCAAUGGGUUAGGUCGCCAGCCAUGUCUAGAUGGUGACGGUGGGAAGACGUUAGGAAACUUACGCAAGUCCUGGAAGAAACGCAAAGAAGUUAAAACAAACGAUAAACGUAAUUCACCUUCAGAAGAGCGAGCACCUUCACCUGAUCCAGAAAAAGAUGAAAGAUCACGACCGGGUUGGGAUUUUGUGGCAGAUGAUUUUGAAGGUACAAUGGUAGUGAGGACGAUGUGUCUUGAAUGCGAAGCUGUUACGGAAAAAGCGCAAGCGGUCUGCGAGCUGUGCGUGCCCGUCGGCGACGACGACGCACCCGACGAGCCCUUCCGUGCCGCAUGCCUCUCCAGCGAAUAUUUGCGUGAUCAGAACAAGUAUUGGUGUGAACGUUGUCUACGUUACAAUGAGGCGAGACGAAGUGUAGCAUACUCGCGAUUGCCCAGGCUAUUGGUACUCCAACUAAAGCGGUUCAGCGGCGGCAUGGAAAAAAUCACUCGACACGCUCCCACUCCACUACUCAUGCCAUGCUUUUGCGAGCCCUGCGCUAAGCGACCACCAGAACACCCACCUACUCAUAGAUACAUUCUCUGGGCAGUUAUAAUGCACCUCGGCCAGACUCUCACCGGCGGUCACUACGUGGCGUACGCUCGCGACAGCUCGCACGGAGAGAGCAAAUGCGAGCGCGAAGGCGGUGGCGACGCGACCAGCGCCAAUAGCGGCUCCAGUUUCAUGCGCACACUGUUCAACCGCCAACGGCCGCCACCUGCCGGCUGCACCGCCAACGAGUGCUGCGUGCCCCGCCCCCGACCUGAAGCCUGCUGGCUCGCCUGCGACGACGAUCUCGUUAAGCCGAUAUCCAACGAAGAGUUCGAAGACCUCCUCUCUGCGGAGCCCAAGAUGAGAUCCGCCGCUACGCCCUACCUCCUGUUCUACGUCAAAAGCGAAGUCGGCUAGUCGUCCUCGUCCCGACUCGGUCGAGAUUCCAACGACGUAGCAGCUUUAAACGAAAUAGUCAUUUAGUCGAUUGGUACAUUACCAAUUGGUUACAUCAGUCGAGUUGAGGAAUAAGUGUUACGCGUAUUUCUUGUAGAUUUAUUUCAUCAUUUUUUUUAAUAAAAAGCGACUAAAUAUGAACAUUAUUGUAAUGUUAUGUUGGUUCAAAGUAUUUUUGACGCUUAAAAAGACAUUUGAAGGUUGACACAGAUUAUAAUUAGUGUCAGCCUGACGUGAUAUUAUGGAUGUAGCAAAAAUGUAUUAAAAUUAGGGUACUACAAAAAUCUUAUCAAUAGAUAUAUUGUAAAAUAUAGAUAUAAAAGGAUUUCACGCUAUUUUCAACUGUUACAAUCAGACAAUAUAAACUAAAGUGUAAAGGUUUAAACUAUAUAAUUUUAUAAAAUUUAUACCUUUAUGAUUGUAUCGACCUGUAUCGAUUACUUAUAUGCGAAUGUAUUACUGUUAAAAUCAAAUUAUAUAAAAGGUAUACAUUUCUAUGCUCUUCUGAUAUAAAAGACAAUAUAGGCCUAAACAAUAAACAUAUAAUUGAAUCAUUAAAAGUGUUUAAUAUUUACUAAUUAAAAAAGUAAUCUCGUUAAUCUAGUGACAGACUGACUGACCCUAUAUAGCUUGUUUGUUCAAUAUUACUUGGCCUUAAUCUUUGUUUCUUAUUGAAAUCAUAGUUCAAAAAUAGAACAAUAUUUUAAGAAUAAAGGAAAUUUAUAUAUUAUAAGUACAGUAUUACCACGAAUAUUGUAAGUGCACUUUGUGCUUAGAAAAAAUAAUUAGAAAGAAAAUAUAUAAAAAAAGUUAUUCAAUACUUCAUUUCAAUAGAAUUUAUACAAUCAUUUUAAAUAAAUUGAAAGAACAUUUUUUUAAGCAAGUAUUAAUAUAUUGAUAUAACUGAUAUAUUAUUGUGUUUAAAAAUAUACAACUUGGAAGUAUAUUUAUUUUUAUAAUCUGUCUCAUGUCUAUUUUGUACAAAUUCUUUUGAAAUGAAAUAUACACAAUGAAAUGUCUAGCAUUCUCUAAUACCACUGAUUUUCGUGGUAGCACUGUUUAGUCGAACACCAAAAAUGUUCAAUUUUCACCUUGUUAACAUUUUACAAUAAAUUCUAUCAUUGAACUCAUUUAGUUUCUCAAUAUGCUCAUUAUGUUAAAAACAUCGAUACUUAGAUAUAAUGCUUGCUUGAAAAGGACUGCUUAAUUUAUACAAUUUUAAACAAUAUAAGAAUUACAUAUGGUUUAAGAUGUUGCCUUUCAUACAAACAACUAUUUUUCUACUUGGUCUGUAAAUAUUUUCCAUUUUCUAUGAAUCUUGAACACAUAUAUUUGUUUUUAUAUAUCUAUGUAUAAAUAUGUCUCGAGAACUUGAAGUAAGCAGAAUAGAAGAAGCUUAGUUUGAACAUCUGUUUUUAUUUUGUGUAAGAAACCUGAAAAAUCUUAUGAAUACUUAAAUCUAUGACAAUAUUGUUACAGUAACUCCAUUUCGAUAAAAUACAUGAACAAAAUGAAGAGAAUGUUGGAUUUAUAUUAUGUGUUUAAAGAAUGAAAUAACAGAUUAUAUUAAUUAAAAAUUCAUGGAUUUCCAUAAGUGUAUAAUUUAAUUGUAUAGCAUGUAAUACAUCUCAGUUUAUGAAAAUUGCUUAAGAAGUUUGUAUGUAUCGAAUGUACCCAAGUGUCAUUAUGUAAGUAACAGUCUUGAAACAAAAAUCAUUUUCAGGCAAUGUUAAAAUCUUUCAAAGAGAUCUAUUUUGUCAAACUUACAUACAAUGAAUGUGUUUAUCAUUGAAUUACUAUAAAUCACGCAAUUAGCAAUUUUGAAUUAUUAAAUUUAUUGUCUUAAAACAAGAAACAAGUUUCGCCAAUUGAAUAACUUCUAUAUUUAUUAGGUGUAUAUUUUUGUGGAUGCCAUUCCUAAAACCUUUAAAAAAGGUAAAAUUCUUGUCAGUAGUUAUAUAUUAUUGUGUUAAUUUUAAACAAAAAUGUGUUAUGAUUAGUUUUCAUUGUAAAUUGGAUGGAAUAAAUUUAAUU